AGUCGCCCCCACGCCGGCGGCGGCGGGGGGAAGCCGGCGCCCAUGGAGGCGCCGCGCCGCUGCCGCCGCCUCGUCCUGCUGCUCCUGGCUUCGUGCAUCGGCUGCGCGGCCGCCCCGCGGAGGAGCCUCCCGCGCAGGCAAGAUAGGCUGGGGCCUCCUCUAGAUAUCCUACUGGAUUCACUGAACUGCACAGCUUUCAGCGUACAAUGGAGAAUGCCAAAGCAGCAUGCAAGCACCGUCACGGGAUAUACGGUCUUUUACUCAGAGGUUGAAGAAGACAAAACAGUCAAACCGCUUUCACACGAUGUUCCCCUGAGUCUGGAUAUGCUUAGCAUGGGUCAACUUGAAGGACAAGCAAUUUUUGAGGUUGUUAUUGGUGAUUUAAAACCUGGCACUCCACAUCGUGUUAGUGUUGGAGCAUAUGGCUGGGCAGGAAAAGGACGACCCAGCAUGCCCAGAGAUGUGACAACCUUAUCUCCAGAGGAGUGCAUGCCCCCUGCACCACCCUAUCAGCCCCAGAUCGUUGUCGUUUCUGAUUCAGAAGUUGCAUUGUCCUGGAAACCUGGUGUCAGCGAAGGAAGUUCUCCCAUCCAGUACUAUAUGGUGGAAUUUAUCAGGCCAGACCUUGACAGCAAUUGGACACUAAUAAGAGAGCAGAUCCAGAUGGAGUCCAUGGUUCUCAAGGGACUUCUCCCAAAUACCAAGUAUCAGUUUGCCGUCCGAGCAGCAAAUUCCUUUGGAUCCAGCCUCCGCAGCGCACCAAGCGAUGUCAUCCGCACAUUCAGCUCUGAAGAAUUAGGAAGUGGAAGCUACGGGCAUCGAUAUAUCACAGAAACGGUAAUUGGUGAUGAUGAAGGAAUUGAUAUUGAUGAUUCAGACUACGACAUUUACAUAGAAGAGCUCAGACCACUUCCUGCUAUUAAAGGAGGCAACAGAAAAUUUCUCGUUGAAACUAAGGUCACUCCAGGGUCUAGUUCAAGGCUCCUUUCGAGGCUCCUUGCAACAACCUCAGAACCCACGACUUCCACUCUUACAACUACACGAGUUGUCCCUUCUACCACACCAAGGCCUACUACAGCUAGGACGAUGAGAAGGAACAGCAUGUCUUCAGCAGUGCGCCUCUUUGAUCUGUCCUGUGAUGAGACCAUCUGUUCUACAGAUAGUUUUUGUGUCAACGACUAUGACCGAGGCGGCUCACGUUGUCACUGUAACUUGGGAAAAGGAGGAGACACUUGCACAGAAGAUAUUAUUAUCCAGUAUCCUCAGUUCUCUGGCUACUCAUAUAUCACCUUUGAACCACUGAAAAACUCUUAUCAGACGUUUCAAAUUACCCUUGAAUUCAGGGCUGAAUCAGAAGAUGGUUUGCUGCUGUACUGUGGAGAAAAUGAACAUGGUCGUGGUGAUUUUAUGUCACUAGCAAUCAUACGACGGAACCUCCAGUUCAGGUUCAACUGUGGCACUGGAGUUGCAGUCAUAACGAGUGAAAACAAAAUCAAACUGGGGAACUGGCACAGUGUCACUUUGUUCAGAGAUGGGCCGAAUGGCUGGCUCAAGAUGGACAACGACACUCCAGUCACAGGAAAAUCUCAGGGCCAAUAUAGUAAAAUCACGUUCCGGACUCCCUUCUACGUUGGCGGUGCCCCCAGUGUGUAUUGGCUGGUCAGAGCAGCAGGCACAAACCGCGGAUUCCAGGGCUGUGUUCAGACCCUCAGCAUCAAUGGAAAGGUCGUUGAUAUGAGACCCUGGCCGCUCGGGAGAGCGCUAAGCGGAGCGGAUGUAGGUGAAUGUAGCAGUGGAAUUUGUGAUGAAGCUUCCUGUAUCAACAGUGGUACCUGUGCUGCAAACAAAGCUGAUUCGUACAUUUGCCUUUGCCCUCUUGGAUUUAAAGGUCAUCAUUGUGAAGAAGUGAUCUCCUUGGCUAUACCUCAGUUCAACGAAUCCUUAAGGUCGUUUGCUAGCACACCCUGGCCCUUGGAACCACAGAAUUACCUUUCCUUCAUGGAGUUUGAGAUGACAUUUCGUCCAGAUGUAGAGAGCGGUGUCCUUUUGUACAGCUACGACACAGCCAGCAAGGACUUCCUCUCCAUUAACAUGGUGGCUGGCUACGUGGAGUUCAGAUUUGACUGUGGCUCAGGAACGGCUGUUAUCAGGAGUGAAGAACCUGUCAGUUUGGGUCAAUGGCAUGAAUUACGAGUGUCUCGCACAGCGAAGAAUGGUAUCCUGCAAGUGGAUAAACAAAAGCCAGUGGAAGGGAUGGCAGAGGGGGCUUUCACACAGAUUAAGUGCAGUUCUGAUAUAUUUAUUGGCGGAGUCCCUAAUUAUGAUACUGUGAAGAAGAACUCGGGGAUCCUGAGGCCCUUCAGUGGGAGCAUCCAGAAGAUUGUCUUGAAUGACCAGACAAUAGAUGUGAAACAGGAUUUUACUUCUGGAGUCAACUUAGAAAAUGCUGCCCAUCCGUGCCUGAGCUCACCAUGUGCAAAUGGAGGCAGCUGCGUUCCCAAAAAGGACAGCUACGAAUGUGAUUGUCCUCUGGGCUUCGAUGGGCAACAUUGCCAAAAAGGUAUUACAGAAGCAAUUGAAAUCCCACAGUUCAUUGGUCGUAGUUACCUCACGUAUGAUAAUCCAGACAUCCUGAAGAGGGUAUCAGGAUCAAGAACAAAUGUGUUUAUGAGGUUUAAAACCACAAUGAAGGAAGGUCUUUUGAUGUGGAGGGGAGACAGUCGCAUGCGACCUAAUAGUGAUUUCAUUUCUCUAGGCCUUCAAGAAGGAGCAUUAAUAUUCAGUUAUAAUUUGGGCAGUGGCAUUGCAUCCAUAGUGGUGAAUGGCUCUUUCAGCGAUGGCCGGUGGCACAGAGUCAAGGCUGUUCGAGACGGGCAGUCUGGCAAGGUAACCGUGGAUGAUUAUGGUGCCAGAACUGGCAAAUCCCCUGGAAAGAUGCGGCAGUUAAACAUCAACGGGGUGCUCUAUGUGGGUGGGAUGAAGGAAAUAGCGCUGCACACAAACCGACAGUACAUGCGGGGCCUGGUGGGGUGCAUCUCGCACUUCACGCUCUCCACCGAUUAUCACAUUUCCCUGGUGGAGGACGCUGCUGAUGGGAAGAACAUCAACAUGUGUGGGACCAAGUGACAAGAGAGGAACCGCGACGCGGAGAGCCCGUUGUGCGCUUGCGUGUGUGGCUGAACCCACGCUGGCCACCGCAGUCCUCCACGGCCAGUCUGCGCUCGUCGUCGGAGCUGAAGGGAAACCCUCAGAAAGAAUGUUUUCCCUCUGCUUUCCUCUGCUGACCAAAGCAAACAAAACUGAAUAUUUUGUGUAGGAACCGUCCCUUUUACCCAUUAAAUGUCUAGUGAACACUAAAGAUUGUACAUCGGUGCAAAUGGCAAAGAACUGUGUGAUGUAACGAGUAGUUUAAUGACUGUGCUGUGGUCCAUAGAUUAUUUCUUUUGAUACCAGAGAGAAUGGUCUUGAAGCACCUGCAUCCAUUCCAAUCUAGAAUGAUACAAUGACGGUAUUGUUCUACAAAUAUGUUAUCAGGCACUGUAUCUAUGCAGUCCAAUACAUGUACUGGAAUGAGUGGUUCUUCUACCACUCUCUAAAUUAGCUAAAUUAUGUUUCACCCUGUGUAAAUAAUACCUGCAGUGACUGGUUUCAGAAUACUGUUGUUUGUUGAGGAGAAAAGUUCUUAAAGUCUACUUUUUUAUUACAAGCAACAAGAUCAAUGAACCAAUUUUGUAGAAGUAAUUUUAUACUUGUAUAUUUUUUAUAGCAGCAGCGGACCUGCUUACAUGGUAUAACUUUUAACAUUUAGGUGUACUGUACAAUUAGCUCUUUGCACACUUUCCUAAAAAUAGCAAAGCAAACUGUGGUUUAAAUUUGUUAUAUGGGAGGCUUAAUGUCUGUAUUAUACAGUUUUGGUGGAGAUAUUUGUGAAUUAUAACCAGUUUUAAAUUUGACUUUUUGUUUUGUAAAUUUUGACAGUUUAAAAUUGUACAUUAUGAAGCUUUCCUGGCUUAAACAGAUUAAAGAUUAGGAAGAAAAGAGCAAA